ACCAGGCAGAGGAAGAGUUCGCGAGGUGGAGGGACCCUUUUCCCACUUGGAGCGCCUUGGGUCUGCUUCUGGAAAACAGCGAUAAAGAAGGAGCCACGAAAAAGAAGAAAGAUAAAGAAGUGAGGGGGAGGCCGUAACGGAGGACGUGGACGGACAGUGCCGGAGCGGCAGGCAGCCCGAGGCUCGGAGCGCGAGAGGAGGGCGGCCCCGGGCGGCAGGUGCCGCGGGCGCGUCGCCCUCGCGCCCGGAACGCACGUCGCGGAUCCGGAGCGCACGCUGCGGUGUUUCGGCGCCACCCAGGAGCCCCGCGCUCCUCGUUAGUUCUUCGAGCGGCGGCAGCGGCUCUGGAGGGACCGGUGAUGGACCUGAGGGCGGCUCCGGGCGCGGGCGCGCGUUCCUAGGACGCUCGUUCCCCGAACGCCGAGUGGAGGCUACGAGGAACCGCGGGCCCGGAGCCCCCCGCGCAUCUGAGGUGGGACGACGGCGCGGGACCGCACCUACGGUGCAGAGGCCAGUUGAGGACACUCCACACCGGCCGCCCUGCCUCCUGCCCUAACGCGCUGCGGAAGUAGGAAAAAGUUUCCAGCUUGGGGCCGGCCAGUGAUGGUGCAGCUUCCGCUUGUGAGAACCACUGGACUGCGGACCGGCGGGGCUGUGCCCAUUCUCCCCAUGAUGCUCGCCGCUGAGGCUCUUCCCCACACCUGUGUUCUGAUUAGAGGCCCAAUGAAUGAUAUUCAGAACUUCUGCUGAGGUACUAUAAGCUUCUGCGGUGACAUGGAAUCUGGCUCCUUUCUUCAAAGGAAGUUCAACCCACAGCACAGUCCUUGACACACUGCAUUGGUUUGUGAUCUACCUGGUGCAGAUGCUGGACUUGUGGGCCACUUCUCAUUUACAUACCUGCCUGGGACUAUGUCAAAGAGUCACAAUGACCUUGCACAAUAACAAUACAACUUCGUCUUUGUUUCCAAACAUCAGCUCUUUCUGGAUACCUGGCUCCCCAGAUUCAGGGCUGCCCCCAGGAACAGGCACUUAUUUUGGCAGUCACAACAAUUCUCGAGCAGCUGGGAAUUUCUCUGUUUCAAAUGGCACCAUCAGUGACCCUCUGGGAGGUCAUACCAUCUGGCAGGUGGUCUUCAUUGCAUUCUUAACAGGUAUCCUGGCCCUGGUGACCAUCAUUGGCAAUAUCUUAGUGAUAGUGGCAUUUAAAGUCAACAAGCAACUGAAGACAGUCAAUAACUACUUCCUCUUAAGCCUUGCCUGUGCUGAUCUGAUUAUUGGGGUCAUUUCAAUGAAUCUGUUUACUACCUACAUUAUCAUGAAUCGAUGGGCUUUAGGGAACUUGGCCUGUGACCUCUGGCUCUCCAUUGACUAUGUGGCUAGCAAUGCAUCAGUUAUGAAUCUUCUGGUGAUUAGCUUUGACAGGUACUUUUCCAUUACAAGGCCACUCACAUACAGGGCUAAACGAACAACAAAAAGAGCUGGUGUGAUGAUAGGCCUGGCUUGGGUCAUCUCCUUUGUCCUUUGGGCUCCUGCCAUCUUGUUCUGGCAGUACUUUGUUGGGAAGAGAACUGUGCCCCCAGGGGAGUGCUUCAUUCAGUUCCUUAGUGAGCCCACCAUUACCUUUGGCACAGCCAUUGCCGCCUUUUAUAUGCCUGUCACCAUUAUGACAAUUUUAUACUGGAGGAUCUAUAAGGAAACUGAAAAACGUACCAAAGAGCUUGCCGGGCUACAAGCCUCUGGGACAGAAGCAGAGGCAGAAAACUUUGUCCAACCCACAGGCAGUUCUCGAAGUUGCAGCAGCUAUGAGCUUCAACAGCAAAGCAUCAAACGCUCAGCCAGGAGAAAGUACGGUUGCUGCAACUUCUGGUUCCCAACCAAGAGCUGGAAGCCCAGUGCUGAGCACAUAGACCAAGACCACAGCAGCAGUGACAGCUGGAACAACAAUGAUGCUGCUGCCUCCCUGGAAAACUCUGCGUCCUCUGAUGAGGAAGACAUUGGCUCAGAGACAAGAGCCAUCUACUCCAUUGUGCUCAAGCUUCCAGGUCACAGCACCAUCCUCAACUCCACCAAAUUACCCUCAUCUGAUAACCUGCAGGUGCCCAAUGAAGAGCUUGGGUCAGUAGACUUGGAGAAAAAGGCCAGCAAACUGCAGGCCCAGAGGAGCAUGGAUGAUGGAGGCAGUUUUCAAAAAAGCUUCUCCAAGCUCCCCAUCCAGUUAGAGUCAGCCGUGGACUCAGCCAAGACUUCUGACAUCAACUCCUCGGUGGGUAAGACCACGGCCACUCUACCUCUGUCCUUCAAGGAAGCCACCCUGGCCAAGAGGUUUGCUCUGAAGACCAGAAGUCAGAUCACUAAGCGAAAACGGAUGUCACUCAUCAAGGAGAAGAAAGCAGCCCAGACCCUCAGCGCCAUCUUGCUUGCCUUCAUCAUCACCUGGACCCCCUACAAUAUUAUGGUUCUGGUGAACACCUUUUGUGACAGCUGUAUACCCAAAACCUAUUGGAAUCUGGGCUACUGGCUUUGCUACAUCAACAGCACCGUGAACCCCGUGUGCUAUGCCCUGUGUAACAAAACAUUCAGAACCACUUUCAAGAUGUUGCUGCUAUGCCAAUGUGACAAAAGGAAGAGGCGCAAACAGCAGUACCAGCAAAGACAGUCAGUGAUUUUUCACAAGCGCGUGCCUGAGCAGGACUUGUAGAAUGAGGUUUUGUCAAUAGCAGUGACCAAAUGCACACAUCAACCCACAAACCUUAGCAGGGAGUCAGGAGGAAUGGGUGAUUUCUGGUGAUAAAAAUGUUCCUAUCAGUCAGAUGAGAAAGAAGCUGCCUGUUUACUGAACCAUUGGAUAAAAGGUCCCAUUUUGAUAUAAAAAGUCAAAUAGCAAUUCAGCAAUUCAGCAAAAAAAAAAACAAAACAUAUUACUGAAUAUAAAGAAAUUUAUUCUGAAAUAGACUUUAAGUGUUUUUUCUUAAAGGGGAAAAUUAUUUCAUAGCAAUUAUACACCAAAAUUGAUCUGCAUAGUUCUUUUAAUUUCAUUUAGUUCAGGAAUUUCAGAUAAGCAUUACUAGCUGCCCUAGAUGCCACGUUUUUUACAAGGAUCCCAAAAGUGCUGAUUCAGAUUUUUCUUCAGAACAGGUCAGACUAGUGAAUUGGCAGUUCUGAAGUUAUUUCAUACAUUGCUAAGCUGAACGUUCUUGUCCCAAUAGAACUUUCUGUCUUCUCUUUGGCGUGUUGUUAUACUCUAUUUGCGGACUUGAUUCUUACUUCUGCAAAGUACUGUUUGGUGCAGUCCAAGUUUUGUACAAAUAAAAAUCUGUAAGUAUAUAUGUGUGUGUGAGCUCCACCUACACACACACACACACACACACACACACACACACACAAUGUAUAAUAUAAUGGGAAUCACUUAACUGACAAAUUAUUCCUACAAUAUAGGCUUUCAGUACUUUGGUAACUGAAGUUCUCUAGGAUCCUAACACAACAUAAAAGUGAAAUAAAACCUGUGUGGUGUUUUCAAAACCAGGGAUGUUUUAGACAAACCAUCCUGGGAAUACUCAGUGGAAAGCAGCCCUGCCUUUCGGCAGGUCUGGGCAGAGUGGACCCCCUUGUGAUCAAGGUCAGGCACCAUGGCUUGACCAGACUCUGAGAGUAAACUAUCAUUUUGUUGAUAUCCUCAACAGAGCUAAAUCAAAUUGGGCCCUCUGAGCUCAAAAAAUAAACCAUGUCCGCAUGUGUGAAUUUGAUCGUUCAUUUUUGAAUGUGUCCAAAGAAAACUUCUGCUACCUAAACUGCUUACAACUCAAUAGUAGUGUCAUGUUUAAAAGUCAUACACAGCAAUCCAUAUAGCAAAGCAAAAAGACAUUGUGAGGGGUGACGAAGAAGAACCUGGCGUUUAAUUUCUUGCUACCUGGCAUCUUCUAAAUGAAAAACUUACAUCUCUGUUAUUUAGCUCUGGCCAGUGCUUCCUGAUCUUUAUCUUGUGACUUUCACCUAGUAGGUGGAGCUUAGGAAGCUGCAUGUCCUCUGAAGAAAGAAUCACAGUUUGAAAAGUUAUGCUUCAAAUUGACUUUUUAAAAGUUUUUUAAAAAUUAUUUUAUCUUGUUCUCCGAAUUGACCAAAAUGUUAAAUGUUCUAUUUGGGGGAGGGGAGGGAUGCUGCUCUUAGUGUCAUUUUUUUGCUGCUAUAAUUGUUGGG